AAAAAAAAAAAAAAAAAAAAAAAAAAAAAAUGCAGUCUAGAUGCUACGAAAAUAUUGAGGAAAGUACCAGAGAGUGUACAGUUUCAUGUUGAUAUUUGCCUCAGUUUAAGGUUCACUGGUAUUUUAUUGAUCUUUUAAGGCAGACCAUGGGGUUGUGCAAGUGUCCGAAGAGGAAGGUUACGAACUUGUUCUGCUUUGAACAUCGUGUCAACGUUUGUGAACACUGUCUUGUAUCCAAUCACAAUAAGUGUAUUGUGCAGUCAUACCUACAGUGGCUACAAGACAGCGAUUACAACCCAAACUGCAGCCUGUGCAGCCAGCCCUUAGAUUCCCAGGAUACUGUUCGACUGGUUUGUUAUGAUUUAUUCCAUUGGUCUUGUCUGAAUGAGCUCGCCUCCCGUCAGCCCCUCUACACAGCACCUGCUGGGUACCAGUGCCCAACGUGCCAGGGUCCUGUGUUCCCACCCCCAAACUUGGCCAGUCCUGUUGCAGACAUGCUGAGAGAACAACUGUCCUCUGUCAACUGGGCUAGAGCAGGACUGGGCCUUCCGCUGAUUGAAGAGCCACCAAAGAGUGAGGAAACUACACAUGACAUUACGUGUUACUCUGAAUGGUCAUCUUUUGAGACCCCUGUAAUGGAUGUAACUUUGUCAAACACCACACCCACCAGUCUACCACCCCAUCAGGAUGUGGAGCACAUGCACAAAAAUGGAGAAGUGAGUGCCCAGAAUCACUCUGUCAUCAAUAUGAGUACCACCUCUACCACCGAUACAAUCACCAUUAACACAGCUAUAUCCCCAAGAAAGGUGUAUGAUACACGGGAUUCAGGACACAGUGCAGUGAUGCAGAUUGACUUUGAUGAUGAUAAAUACCGCAGACGGUCUGCCCUUAGCUGGUUUGCACAGGUUCUAAAGAAUCGUUCGGGCACUAAAAAAAAGGCCCUCACACUGAAACAGCGAAUCUUCAUGUUGCUGUUGGUUGGAGUGAUUGGUUUCUUUACCCUCAUCAUAAUCAUGGCCAAACUGGGUCGGGCCUCAGCUGACACAGAUCCAAACCUGGAUCCCAUGCUGAAUCCCAACAUCAGGGUAGGCAACAUGUGAUGGAUCCACUUCCUGUUAAAACUCUGUGAAUUCAGCCUGCAGUUUGACUAAACAUGAUUUGGAAAUGCUGGAGAAAGAAUGUUCCUCAGAAUUCUGGGACUAGUGUGAAAAUACAAAUGUUUGGACUGUGGGAGGGAAGUGUGACUUGGUGGUCCCCCAUAAAGAAGAUGAAGAUGGUCAAGAAGUUGUUGCACAACAAAUCUCAGAUUUCUCCUAAGUGAAAUUAUAUAGGCUCUAUAAUUGUGCAACUGUGUAUUAUUAAGCUCUGUAAUUCUCCCUUGCAUUUGUAAAAUUGGGGUAAAAGAUUUUAUGUCACUGUUUGAAAUCUUUAUUUUAUUUUAUAUUUUAUUUUUUUGCAUAGAACUAUUUAGGACCACGUGGAAUUGGUGGGGUUAUUGUUUCUCAGAGGUGUUAAAAUUUUGGUUAUCUAUUAAUUGCUAAUCAGUUAGCAAACCCAUGCUUGUAAGAAGGAUUUUGCAGAUGUAUACUUUUCUUUGCUGUUGACUAUAUAAACUGUAAAACUGAUUUACUAAAGCAUCUUAAAAACUGUUUUGGUUGGCAUGCUUUAGUUGAACUAUUUUGAUUAAAAUGAGUCAUAUUUCAUCCAAAAGUUAUGCAAUACACUGUGACAUUUUUGUUGUGCCAAUAAUAUUCUCCCCUUAUAUUUUGAUUUACUGUCAGUGUUGGGGAAAGUUACUUUUAAAAGUAAUGUUACAAUAUUGAGUUACUCCCACUUAGUUACUUUUUAUGGAAAGUAAUGUAUUACUUUUGCGUUACUUUUUAAAUCUGGGCAGGGCUUUCUUGUUUGUUUUUAAUAUUAAAAAGUUCUAUUUUUGGCAAAUGUAAAAGCCUUUUCACACCAAAAGCCUUAGGCUUUGAGAAAAGUGAAUUCAUGUCUGUACAGUAGACUGCAGAAGAAUAAAUAUCAACUCUUCAGCAAUAUAAAAAAGGAAAACAAAUGUUAGAUUAUCUUGAGUAAUUUUUGCUUAUUAGUAUGGUUGAAUUGGAUCAUUGAAGGUCGCCAUCAAAGACAUUGGUUAAUAAAAUGGUAUUAAAUGCAUAAAGAAUAUUUGUAUUAACAUCAUAAAUUAUUUCAGGUUUGCGUCA